AUGUAUACUAUCAAAUGUAAAAUAGUGAAUCUAGAUUCAAUUGUGACAUUUAAAAGAUUCUACAAUCCACCUAGUACGUCAACACCCAGUAGAACAGCCUUCCAUAGAUUUUUUAAUAAUCCAUUUUCUGACAAGUUUAAUCAUCUAUUUUUAGCUAAAAAGACAUGGAGUAAGCAAAAUCCGUUGUUUAAAACACCGAGGCCCCUCGUGGAGCCGUAUAAUCUGGGACGCCUUCACCCAGAAAAGGAGUGGUGGAAUCUUCCAAAAAAGGGACUUAAACCGGAUACUUUCAUGGGAUUCCCAGAUGUAUCGAAUAUCACGAAGCACGGCGGAUCACUAUAUGCACAUUUUAUGGACGGACCGACACUGUCCAUGGUAGUUUAUAGAUGCAUAGAAAAGAAUAUAAGCGACAUCGAUAUAUGGAAUAAGCUAACGGGGCAGGCGUUGAAAAUAUCGAUGUCGCUGGACCCGUACCUCCUCUCGAUUUUGUUCCUGUACUUCUCGCUGAGCUGCCACUACGACUAUAAAUUCGUGGCCACUUAUAUAGGAAGGAUACUGGCCUUGCUUAACGAGUUUGGCCUGGAGGAAUGCUCAAACGUAAUAUUGGCAAUGAAUAACCCACAGUUCUAUCACGAAAAGACAUUCGGAUACGUGAUAAGACACUCGGAAAAUCUGUGCAUAACCGGAAACCUUAACGUGGAUGAGUGUUUGAGGUUCUUAGCAUGUCUGAAAAACGUAGAAAACCCACCGCAAAACUGUAUAAUACCAAUAGGAGAAGCGAUUGAAGUGAGUGACUUGAGUAUAGUGGAUAAGACGCUGGUGUUUGAUGGCUUGGACAGUUGCUGUAGACUCCACAAUAAGGUUGGAGUCCUAUGGGUCACGAAACUGUACCAAGAGGCUUGUAACAUAUUGGAGUCGCUAAAAGAACACAGCCACUACUUCACUUUAGUGUUUUUAAACGCAGUGGAAACGUACAGGUUUAAAAACGAUGAACUGUUGCACUCGACAAUGAGAAGGAUAGAUGAAAAUAUCCAUGACGCAACCUUUGAGGAACAGUGUCGGUACAUAUACGAGUUGAGUAAGCUGGUGGUAGGCACAAGUAAAAAAGGAACACCAGUAACAAGUAAAAACCUAAUUGCAAGUGCACUGAAGAUCAUUGGUGUGUUUAAAAAAGGUAACUCAGUAGAUAACGAAAUGAAAGUCAUGAAGAGGUUUGAAGACUUGGUUAAAAAUGAUACACUGUCAUUUCAAGUGAUGGUAGGAACUCUGAACACAAAUAAGGAAUUGAAUCCACACGAGCUCAAGUUGCUUGAAGGAACGGCAGACAGGUUGUGUAAUUUGAAGAACCAGGAAAUCAUGGAACUGUACACAAGUUUAUCGAAUACAAGAAUUGACCUGGCUUUGAGUGGAUAUGAGCCAAUUAUAUUAAAUCAGGAGCACCUUGAAUACGUUAAGGAUACAGUAGUAAAGGCGUGUUGGAACAUGGAAUGGACAGAUGUACUCGAUUUGGCAAAUUUACUGGUAAGUUUGUUGAACCGUAGACAAAUUUAUCAGGAUUAUGGCGACAGCAGUUACGUUGAUUGUGUGCCGAAACAAAAAUUAGACGGGUGUUUCAACUCGUUGUCAGACCAGAUAGCCAAAUUGAACUCAGAUCAAAUCCUGUUACUGAUCAGAUUUGCAAACAGGAAUAGCGACAGUGCCAAUCAGUUGCUACCCAAAUUAAGAGACCAUAAAAGAUGCCUCUAUAACCCUAACAUAGUAGUGGAGUUGAUAAAUCUUUAUAAAAAGUGCGAUAGGGAGCCGGAUGAAUUCAUAUACGAAUUACUGGAUGGGCUGUGUGAGAGGAGAGGUAACAUGUUGAGCGAGGACAGAGUAAAACUGAUGGAGAAGUUAAAGGAAAACGGAAUAAAACACUACUCAUUAGAGCAAUUUUAA